CCUUUGUUGCGACCCGGCUCAUUGUCCCUGGAGGUGUUUCUGUUGUGUUGUCGCUGUGUGUACUGUAUGUGUACCUGUACGCGUGCCCGGUAUAAAUAGCGUUGGAUGUUGGCCGGCCGGUGAUUCUGUGGAAGACGAUGGCUGCACCGGGACCUCCUCCUCUGCUGCUGCUUCUGUCUCUGUUGCUGCUGUUGACGAAGGCGUUGCUGCCUGCAGCUUCGUACACUUUAACCCCCGGACGGCAGCCGCAGCACAAAGUCCUCCACCUGGACUGGCCGAAGGACUGCGGGAUGGCCCACUUCAAGCCCAACAUGGCCGAGAGGAUCGUCUCUGGUAACGAGGCCAGACCUCACUCUUGGCCCUGGCAGGUUUCUCUGCAGGUUCGUCCGAGGGGAAGCAAACAUUACAUUCACGUCUGUGGAGGAACUCUCAUCCACAAGAACUGGAUCCUCACUGCAGCUCACUGCUUCCAGAAGGGUAAAGCCGAGGACGCUGGGAGCUGGAGGAUCGUCCUGGGGAAGCACCAGCUGAAGCGCUCGGAGACGGCGGAGAGGAUCUUCCCGGUGAGGAGGAUCUACCGGCACGAGAACUUCCGCUACCCGGCUCACAGCGAGCUGGACUACGACAUCGCCCUGGUGAAGGCUGGCACUGACAUCAUCCCUUCCAACUUCAUCCGCUACGCCUGCCUGCCGCGCAAGCAGACCAGCCUCAAACCGGGACACUACUGCUGGGUCACAGGCUGGGGAGACACCCGGGGUGGGAAGGAGAACGUGUCUCUGGCAGAAGCUCUGAACCAAGCCCGCCUGCCCAUCAUCGAUUUCAAAACCUGCCGGCAGAAGAAGUUCUGGGGCGACCGCGUCCGGGACUCUAUGAUCUGCGCCGGGUUCAGAGACACCGAGGGCCCGCCCGCCGCAUGCCAGGGCGACUCUGGCGGGCCUCUGCUGUGCCAGCUGGGUCGGGACCGCUGGGAGGUGCACGGCGUGGUGAGCUUCGGCCCCAUCGGCUGCACCGUGGAGAACAAGCCCAGCGUCUUCACCCGCACCGCCGCCUACAUCCCCUGGAUCGAGGCGACGCGCAUCAGGGACUUCUUCCUGCACUAAGCGGGCCGCCCGCCUCAGCAAGCAUAAGCUCUGUUCGGCGUCUAAGUUUCCUCUACGGGUCUCACGGCUACAGUUCGUUCCUGUUCCACCGACAUCUUCACCAGUUCUGCAACAACCACUCUGCGAUGUAAACACUGGUUCUGAAUGUGCACUCGUUUUCUACCAGACGGUGUCUGACUCACUGCCCCAUUCACCACUUUUUGCAUUAAAUCUACACGGCGCAAUAAAAAUCGGUGAAAAGCAAAAAA